AUGACGAAAGGACGCGUGGAUUCUGCUUUAUCUACCGCUCCGGUGGUAACAUGCAUGAAGACGCUGAUGAUGGUGUUCAACUUCAUUUUCUGGGUCACUGGAAUUGUGAUUCUGGCCAUUGGCAUCUGGACCAAGGUUGACCUGUACAAGUACCUGGAGUUGUCCUCCAUCUACCAGCCGGAGGCCCCAUAUGUUCUCAUUGGUGUCGGUGCCGUCAUUGUCCUCAUUGGGUCUCUAGGAUGUUGCUGCACGAUCAAGGGUCACUCCUUCCUUCUGCACAUGUUUGCUGGCUUCCUGUUUAUCAUCUUUAUUGUAGAACUCAGCGCUGGCAUUGCUAUGUUGAUCUACAGGGGCAAGCUGGUGUGCUGCGGCAUCGACAACUACACAGACUGGUUCAACACCCCGUACUCCAGAGCCCAGGAAGAGAAGUCUGUGCCAGAGUCCUGCUGUCGUGUCAGUGUCAGGGAGUGUCAUCACAUAGGACUGUCUGGCGGCAAUGCCACCGUAGAGGACAUCUAUACCCAGGGCUGCCAUAAGUUUGUGGUCAACUUUAUCAAUGGAAACAUGGGACCUAUUGGAGGUGUUGCUUUAGGUAUUUCCUUCUUCCAG